AUGACGUCCAAGGCACCACUUACAACGAUUACUAACGGUGGUAGAAGCGAUUCGAUUCGCUACCAACGCCUGCUUAGUGUCUUGGAAAAGGCGUUGCAAACAUCCCGACAAAAAUUCGACGCCGAAGCCGCGAUUCGCGAAGUGUACGGCGACGAUGCCGCCAUCUUUGGCGACGACGACAACAACGGAAUGCUGCGAUCCGUCUUGGAUAGCAUGCUGGAAUCGGUGCACGACAAAGUAUCCACCCAAAUGAAGACAUUUUUACAAGAGAAAGAUGUGGAAAAACAACUGAGCUUGUUGGAUGCAAUUGUUUUCAAGCUUGAGCAACAAGACGCCGACCGGGAAAAGGCCGAAAGUCGGGACAAACAUUCCGCGCGUCAAGCAUUAGAGGAUGCCAAACUUCCCAAGGGUCUUUCGCCCAUUGACAUGAUCAACCGUAAGGCUUGCGAAAAAUUGCAACAGGAAAAAGAAGACGUAUUGGCUGAGCUUGCGGCAAUCGAACAGGAAAUCGAGGGUCUCGAAGCGGAAAGGCAAGACCGAACGACUACAAUGCAACGAACUCUACAGACUGUACAAGCAUUCGGCAAGGAACUAGAGAAAUCUGCCGAUAAAUGCUCCAUGGUGUCCUAA